AUGUCCCCGGUCAGUGGCACCAAAAAAGGUGACAAUGAGCCACGCUCUGAGAUUUCUCUUCUUGAUUCCGAUCGCGAGAAUGAGACGGAGAGGCAGGAAGCAAAACCACCGUCACCGCCAGUUAGUUUGCCUUUGCAUGCUGCCGCCGUCGACCCUAACGGAGCUACUGUUUCCCCCACCAUACCGCGAGGAACCGAGGUGAUCAAUAUUGAUGGUGACGGCGAGGAAGAGGAGGGUGACGAUGAACCGCAAGUGGUACACUGUACUCUACCGCCGAAGGGGACAGCUCCUUCUAACUAUGGCGAGCACCGACCUUGCCAGUCCAGUGACUUCCACCCUCACCGCUCAACUUCCAACCUUCACCCGUCGGCCUUCUCACUUGGCAACCUGCAGCUAGUAACACAGAUCUCAGAGCAGCGUGUCACCAGCGUGUCAACUAACGUCUUUGGUUGUCCCGUGACUUCUGCACGUAUUGUUCAGCAAGGAGAGGACUUUGUGUUCCCACAUCCGGUGCAUGACUCCUUUUACCCCCGCCCCCACUCCACCCCCACCCCUAAUGAUGCCCCGCGGGUUUUCGCGUUUCUCUAG